AUUUUACGCCUAUCCAUAAACUUUUUCCAACUACUUACUAUCUUGUCUUCUUUUACUUUCCUCACCUUUAUUAUCCAGUCAUCCAGUUGGCCAACAUGGCAGAUACACCCAUUAUCAGGGUUCAGACCACCCCAACAACCCCUCACACUAUCACUAACGCUGCUGAAAGUACUGACGCAGGUGUUGCCCCCACUCAUGAGACUUCAUUGCUUGACCAUGACUACGAUGAGUUGGUGGAUGAAGACUGGCUCGACAUGAACAAUCCUGAUGCAUCUCAUCGUUCUUUUAACCAGAAUAAGGAAAAUAGUGUUCACACUCAUAUCCACGUCACUACUGCUGCUUCGGACACAACGCAUUCACCAGACCUGAGCAAAGUCCACAACAGCGAUAACAAUAAUGGCAGCGAUGAAAGCAUUAACAAUCAGGAAGUAUCAUUACUCCUCUCAGCCAAUGACAGUUAUAUCAGCCAAGCUCACGUUCUAACUUCUAUUUCGUCGGCACCGUCUCCAUCCACGAUGUCAUUAUUAUCGGACUUUGAAGUGGAUACAGUUCCUGCAGCUCCUACAUCCAUAGCGGAAGAUAACCAUAUUGUCUCUGGAAGGUCAACAACCUUAACUACAGCAAGCUCAACUACUACAAGUAUACCGUCCUCUUUGAUGGUCUCGACCGCGGAAUCAUCCACACCUCAAGAACAGAUAGGAAAUAGUAUUCCUAGCCCUUCAUCGUCAUCUUCGACUGAUUCCGAAUACUCCUUGCUUCACCACGAUGCCUCUGCUGAACAGAGCAGAAAAAACUCACUUUCUGGUGUCACCGGGUUUGGAUUUCAAACAUUCCCUUCUUGUAGCCCAUCCAUCAGUGCUAGCCAACUGUCACAAGAUCAAAAUGGUCAGAAUCAGAGCCAGAGUCAGAAUCAAAACCAGGACCAGGACGAGGUUCAUGAACAAAAAAAUGAUGAUGAAAUUGCGGUCACUAGUCCCUCAUUGUCCGAUUUUGUACAAGUUGGAAGCGACCAUGGAGAGGAUUUCUCGGCGUUAUCAGGGAAUGAUUUUGGAUCCACACGAUCCUCCAACAAUGAAACACCUAACUCUGCAUCGUCUGAAGCAGUAGCCAUGCCGGUCAAUGACUAUGAAAAAGGUGAAGAAGAUAAAGCCUCUCUUCAGCUAGAACCAGUACUCUCGGCUUUGAGUGCUGUAAAUACAAAUGUGGGCCACACUUCUGGGUCAACAGACACGAUUGUUCCAGCUGGUACGGAUGCAAUGGCUGAAAUAGACAAGAGACUGUCACAAUCGGCUCAGCAGCCGCAGCCACAGCCACAAGCGCAAGAAUUAUUAGGGUCAACAGCAGCAAAUAAGGCUACUGAUUCGUCGCUACCUGAGCCUCAGACGUACGUAUCUCCGUCUAUAACAGUCAAGCGCGCCAUGUAUAGAACUACUGUCGAGGAUGCGGAGAGCAGUAGUGGAGGAGAGCAAACAAGUGAUGAUCAACGUCCCGGGUUACGUAACAGAAGAAGAGGAAAUGAAAGAAGAGACUACGACAAUGUUCAUGGAUCAUUUCCUACCACUACCGGACCCAGAAUGCCUGGAGCUUUUAAUGUUGGACUCGAUGCAGAAAUACCUCAAUAUAGUGCUGCUCAAUCAACGAGCCCCUCUGCUGCCACAGCAGCGAAUAACCCCCCAAUGGAGGAGCGGCAGUGUAGGAUCUGCCUUGGAGGAGCGGAUGAAGAAGAUACGCUUGGACGGCUAAUCUCGCCAUGUCUCUGUAAGGGCUCAAUGAAAUAUGUGCAUGUGGAAUGCCUGAAUGCAUGGCGUGCAAGAAGUCCCAAGCGUGAAAGCCACUACAAAUGCGAUACCUGCAAAUAUUCGUUUUCAUUUAGGCGGACGAGCUUUGCACGGUAUCUGGCGCACCCUUUAACAGUGUUUAUCUUGACAAUAAUUGUAUUUGCAACUGCAGUCUUUGCAGCAGGAUUUGCCAUGAAACUGCUUCUGUAUUUGAUGAUGGAUGAACCCCAUGAAUUUAUCUAUCCUGUUGACAUUGAUGACUAUGAUGAUGACGAGUUGAUUCAUCUAAAGGAGAGCGUAGUCAUCUUUAGGACACCUGACAGCUUACGUGCCGUCUUUAGGAUCGAUAAGACACAUAUGGUAUUUGGCUCUUUCUUCGUAAGCAUCAUUGGAUUCCUCCAGCUACUCUUAUCGACGCUCUGGAUGGGCGGUGGAGGCGGUGUAUUCCGGAUCGGGGGCUUCGGACUUGGGGGAGGUAGAAGGAGAGGUGGGCGUGGUGCUGAUCGACAGCGUGAAGCUGGGAUUGGAGGUGUCCUUAUGCUGAUGAUUUUGGUCUUUGGUCUUUUCAAAUCCGUAUAUAUGACCUAUCAGUUCGUACACCGGGUAUCACGGCGCGUUCUUGCCAAGGCAGAGAUGAUGGUAUUGGAAGUGCAGUAAAAGUAGCAGCAAAUCAAAGAGAUGGUUCUGGAAUUAAUGAAAGCUAAGAUAUUUUACUAAUAAACAAACAAACGAAGUGGG